AUGUGGCUGGUGGCGGUGUUGACGCGCUUCGAGGCGCUGCAGACGUUCCUGUCCAGCGGCGAGCGCGAGAGCGUCAAGUCGGCGCUGUGGAAGAAGUGGAAGCUCGAGGGCGACAAGAUCGACGAGCUCACGUCCACGGCCGGCUCCGAGGCGGACGAGGCGCUGAAGGUUCUGGAGUCGAGCGUGGCCAACUUGCGCUUCUUCGCGAGGGGCAAGCGCGGCGUCUUGUACGCCGGCGAACUGCGCUCCAACGACAAGCCGGUGGUGGCGAAGCUGGCUGCGGGCGCGACGGCGGCCGGGUCCGUGACGCUGGAGGCGCGCUGGCUUCGAGUGGUGAACCGCAUGGGGAUCGGCGCCAGGCUGGUGGACGCGGGCGCGGGCUGGUUCCUGUGCGAGCGGCUCGACGGCCAGAACGUGGUCGAGUUCCUAGGCGAGAGCGACGAGGUCGCGACGCCAGCCAACGCUAUGUGGGUCGUCCGCGAGAUGCUGUGCCAGUGCUUCGCCCUGGACCUCAUGGGGGUGAACAAGGAGGAGAUGACGCACCCUCACCGCCACAUCAUCGUGCACCGCUCCACGCAGCAGCAGCAGGGGCCUGUGCGAUGGCGCUGCACGUUCUUCCUCAGCUCGCCUCGCAUGGUGGCACUGCUGGCAAGUAAGCACGUCAAGGUGGACGUCCCCAAGCUGCGGCAGUGCACCAAGCGCUACAAGCAGGACAUCUCGACCCAGCCCUUCGGCGACAUCAUGCGCGUCUUCGGCCUGUAG